AUGACGUAUCCUGUCUGUGGCCACUGCUCGAGGCUUAACCUGGUCUGCAGUCGAGAAGUACCACGUGAGCUGGCAAGUGGCUCAACUACCGAUCCCUCUGCGCUCGCACAGGCAACAUCUCCUCUUGGUAUUCAUGGUGUUGGCAAUUCUGAGGGCCUGGAGCCGGCGACUACUUCAGCAACGAUCCACUUGGCCAAUGUGCUUAGCCAUGCCAAAAUAUGGCGGACAUUGGACCCGUCUGUGAUACUCGGAAACAAUGGUAGUGAACUUGCCGCCAGCCGCCGGGCCAUGUUACGAUACUAUAUACAGAUAUUUGCGUUCAUGCUUACAACAAACGUCGAAAACAACUGCUUUCUGACGGCCCUGGUAGUUUUGCUCCCGAUGGCUUUUGAGUCUCCAGCCCUCAUGAAAGCGCUGGCUGCGUGGUCAUCCUCGCACUUAUCGCUUAGGGAUCAAGCGUUCACUGAUGUUGCACUCCAACACAGGGGGUCGGCCCUCCGAAAUUUCAAGGCCGCUAUGGAAGAUGGAGAUCUCUCUACGGAGAUGGCGUUGGCAGCCACUCUCAUCUUCUGUUCUUUGGAUGUGAUAUCAGAUGGCACUGGCUCAUGGUACCACCACCUGCGUGGCGGAGCGGCUUUAUUGAUCUCGAAUCAGUGGGAUUCUAGCAUCACGUCACCCGUAUCACCUUCUCUCAAGACAAUGGAGCAACUUCAAUCGUACGAGGGAAAGUGGCUUAUGAAGAACUUUGCGUACCAUGACAUCUUGGCCAGCAUUACAAUGAACACGCGACCUCUGCUCGGUGGAGAGUACUGGAUCUCGUCAGGAGAAGACUCAGCUGCGGAUCCAUACUUCGGCCUUGCAGAACGCAUCCUCUAUCUCAUUGCGAAGACUAGCCACCUAAAUGCCGAAAUGGCUGAGGCGAAGCAACCGGAAGCUACGCCGGAUGCAUUGGCUAAUACAGUCGCUUCAUUUUCAUCACGCGCACAGGUUAUUGAAGACGAACUCCGUGAGUGGAAAUGUCCUUCAUUGGGUUUCAGCCCUCCUCUCGUCUCUCUGGCGCAAACCUACCGCUCUGCGGCAAGGAUUCAUCUAUAUCGAACAAUACGAGCUCAUGUUCCUGAUGCUGCUGAGCAUGUACAUGCGAAGAUCCAGAGUCAAGUCAAGUCUAUUGUUGAAGCCGUAGGGAAUAUACCUGAAGGGUGCCUGCCUGAGUGCACGCUGCUAUUUCCCGUGUUCAUGGCGGGCGGUGAUGCGGAGGAUUCUGAUGAUAUCUGGGUCAUUCGCAACAAGCUUGAAUCUAUGAACCGGUGGCGAUGUUUCCGCAAUGUGGAGGCAGCGCUCGACGUGCUCGACGAGCUGUGGCGCUUGAACGCAACACGAGCUGGAGGUGAAACUGGCGAUCGAGUUGACUGGUUGGAUGUGGUUAAGCGUAGAGGCUGGAAGUUGGCAAUUAGUUGA